CAUAAUCUUUGGAUAAUUACCAAAAGGCAAUAAAUGAACCGAAAACCAUUUGGUGAGUAGCCAACGUGGCACAUCCAGAUUCAAAUUAGUCCAUUAACUAAUCAGACACGCCCUGGGUUGAUAGCGUCAACAAAAACCAAACCUAUAUAAGGCUUUGCAGUCAACUUCAUUGAACACACACCGUAGGCGGUAACCUCAAGACUUGCUCAAGAAAUUUGAAGGCAGCCUUCUUUUCCAUCACAACGCCGAUAUCGUAAGUGUUAAUAGGAAAAAAAAUAUGGUGUAUCAUAAGUCAACAAGAACGGUUGAAAACUGAGUCAAAUUUUAGUAACAAACUAGCUAGUGUAGCCGGAGUUUCCUGGGCUGAAAUCAUUCUACGUAGAUAUUUUAGGGCUUGACACUACCAGUCCGUUUCAGAACCGAACUGAAUUUUUUUUUAAAAAGGUGUUGUCUUUUUUUUUAAACACGAGAGAUGAAAACGUUUAGUUAGCUUUGACAACAGACAGCGGAAUUAAGUGACGCAGAUGCGCACCGAGCACUGCCCCUUUCGCACAUAUUUCUGGCGGCUGGAUAACAACAGGGAUCCUACCUGCCGGAUCCCUCACUAGAUCUCCCGGGGGAAGCCAGGGCGGUUGGAGGACCCUUUGUGAGGAAAAUGAUGUUUGCCUCAGCUCAACAGAUGGAGUCGAUAGCCAAUUUAAUAGCCGGGGUCAUACUAGAGUAAUCUCAGACCCACCCCAGAAUAUGUGUUUUAGCUAGUUAGCUUUGACAUUUGAGGCCCAGCCUAUUUCAGCUUAACUUAACUAAAACAGCUUCAUAGCAGGCCAUCUAGUAUUUAAUUAGUGAAGAAUCUAACACCGUUUUAUCAAUAAUAUGUGUUCAAGCCCAUGUGAUAAUGUAUGAUUUGAAGACGCCAUAAUUGACAACCAAUAUUAAACAAUUUUUUAAAAAUUGCAUUUAUCUUUGUUGGUUUGUAUUGAUAAGACCGACAAUAAGGAGAUGCUCAUUACUUUGGCGGGAUAUUACAUGGUGUGGAAACCUCGUAAUGUCAUUGACCACCUCAGCGUGACUCACACCCCCUAACUUCUAAUGCAUAAUUUAUACUCACUUACCCCCUAAACCUUCCACAAUGUUACUCAUUGCAAUUUAUUAUGUGCAUUCGGAUCCUUUUAAUUUUGACUAUUCCCUUAAACAUUGACCAGAAAGCAAGACUUGGUUCUCGUGGUCAUUUUUUAAAAAAUAAAUUUCAGACGGAACAAGAAUGUUUGCCUGCAAAGCUCUUCUACUAACCGCUCUCUUGGUUGUAGCAUGUGGAGGAACUUUUGGAGCAGGUGAGAUUUUCUAUACAUUAUAUACGAUUUGGAAUUGUUUAUUAAUUUUUAAAAUUUAUUUUUUUUUAAAGAAAAUACAAUGUUCCGUAAAAAUUAUAAUUUUAAAAAAAAAAACCCAGUGGUAUAGUCAUAGAGCAGCACCUUCUUUGUUUUAUAGACAAUGUUUGAAGACAUUUCUAGGCUUUAGGCAAAGAGGGUCAGGGUUAGGGUUAUGGUAUCUGCUGACAUCUCCUAAUUGAGGGUAACAUGCUAACCUCUUCUGCUGGGGUCGAGGUCAAACAUUUUAUACAUGUUCCUUUUACUUGACCCAAAAUUCGAAUCUGUCAAGCUAUAUAUUUGAUUUAAGCAUUGACUCCUAUUUUUUACCCAGUCAUACUUGGUGGUUGCAAGGGGACUCAGUUUGGCUGUUGUGAGGAUGGCAAGACGUCUGCUGGGGGACCUAACAAAGAAAACUGCGUUAAAAUAGGAUUUGUCGGUGGAUGUGCGGGCACCAGGUACGGGUGCUGUCCCGAUGGCGUUACGUCCGCUUCAGGAGCAAACGGCCUUGGAUGUAGGCCAGCAACCCUAGUUGGCGGAUGCAAGGGAACCAGGUACGGGUGUUGUCCAGAUGGCGUUACGUCUGCUUCAGGAGCAAACGGCCUUGGAUGUAGGCCAGCCACCCUAGUUGGUGGAUGCAAGGGAACCAGGUACGGGUGUUGUCCAGAUGGCGUUAAGUCUGCUUCAGGAGCAAAUGGUCUUGGAUGUGAUGAAUUGAUUGUGUCGUAA